AUGGAUGCGCUGUCGACUCUUGCAAUCGCUUGUGCUGUGUUGACCUUCUGCUUGGCGAUAUUCUGGUUUUGUGUGGAUGCCCCGAAGCUUUUUGCAUCCUGGCGUGCGAGCGAUGCCCCACGAAAGCUCGGCAUUUUCCUGCACAUCACGCCGUGCUUUGAUGGUCUCAUUCGGAACUUCAAAUGCCACCAUGUCAGCAGCGACGGUGAGCUGCGAGGGCAGAUCACUGCCGAGGCACCCCUGCUUGCAGAAACUGGACUCAUGGAAGAGAGCGCCGUGGCUCUGCUACUCGAUAGCUUGACUGGCUUUGCGCUCUGGUCUGCGGGAUAUCCUGGCUUUGUGACUGCCGAGCUCAGCUUCACCGUCAAAGGGACGGUCAGAAAGGGGGAGGAGCUCUUUGUCAAAGCUUGGCUGAAGCAAAAGCCGACCGUUCCGGAGGACAAACGUCUCCGCGAGUUCGCAAACCUGGCGUUUGAGCUGUAUCAGCCCCAGCCAGAUCAAGACAGCUAUGCGGAGGAGGCUUUGGUUGCAUCCGGGGAGCAGUUGAUGUUGAGCAUCGCGACACCGAAGCAGCGCUUCUUUUGGAAGCUGCAGUUGCUGUGCCCACUCUACUGGGACUGGAAGUGGAAGAUGGACAUGACGGUCCUUGAGUCCUUCAACAAGUAUUCCAAGCCAUUCUCCGAAGUCAGGGGCAUUGACGAGCUCCUUGAUGUGAAGACGAAGGAGCUGGGUACGUAUGAGGCUUUCAUGCAACCCAGGCUCCUCAACGUCAUGGGCGUCGGCCACGGCGCCGCCAUCGCAGCGCUGCUUUGCGCGGCGGCCAAGCGCUGGCAGAAGGAGGCCAAGGUGCAGAAGGCGAGCGUGACCUACAUCAGCCCUGUGCCGAGUAUGCAGCCCCUAUCCUUGGUCGUGAAGCCCAUUGUUACCUCUCCGAACGAGUUGCAGAUCAUGCUGAAAUCUGGCAGCGGCGCAGUCUUAUCCCGCGGGAAGGUGGCCGUGCAACUGCCAAAGAGGCCCCCAGCGGCCACUGCCCGCCUGGGAGGACUCAUACGACCGAUGAUGGUCCCCAUGCCAGGCGGGCCGCUCUCCACCUUGCCACGGGAGCCUCCGACCGGCGAGAGCGACCCACUGGGCUCCAACAGCCCUCGCAGUGAGCUCUCCGAGCCACUUUCGAAGUCUUCGGAGGUCGAUCUCGACAGCGACAUCCACAGCGAUGUCCUCGGAGACGAGUCAGACGAGGAGAAGGAGACGAAGCUGGAGGAGGAGCAGCGGGAGAAGGAGGAGGAGCAGAGAGAGAAGGAGGAGGAGGAGCAGAGAGAGAAGGAGGAGGAGGAUGAAGGCAAGGAUGGAGAGCCGGCCUACGCAGCGGCACAGCAUCGUGAUCUACCCCUGUUUGCUGCCUUGGUGGAGCAGUGCAGUUCACGAGUUACCGAGCUCGGUGCACAGGAGCUUCCAAUCACUCUUUGGGCUCUGGCGGUCAGUGGAUAUCCUGCCGACGCCGUAUUUCGGGCUGCAGCCUCGCAGGCCCAGCGGUCUUUCUCUGGCAUGGACGUGUCCCACAUCUGCAACAUUGCCUGGGCGUAUGCCAGGGCUGGUCCACGGGAGGAGCAGCUUUUUGAAGCUUUGGGCCAUGCGGCCGCGGCCAGAGUGCGCGAGUUGGAGCCACUUCAUCUGGCAAACCUCUGCUGGUCGUUUGCAAAUGUCUCCCGCGCGGACGAGCUGAAUGAGUUGCGUCAGCCCGGACAACGCCACCCGGCACUCUUUGCAGCCCUCACAGCGGCCUGCAGCAGGCUAGCGGGAGAGCUCGUCGCACAGCAUCACUCCUCCAUCCUUUGGGCUUUUGGUGUCUGCCAGGUUCGUGGCAUUGGAAAGGUGAUCGAUGCUCUUCCUCCGGGCAUGCGCAGGGUCACCUACGACGGGCGCCAGGUGGCCGGUAUGCUUUGGACCAUGGCCGUCCUUUCUGAACAUCACCGCGACUGCAUCGACUUGCUCCUCCAUGCCGUGGCAGAGGAGGGAGUAGCCGGGCUCGUGAAGGAUGGCCCCGCGCACCUGGCGUCGAUCGUUUGGGCAACGGCCCGUCUGCCGCCAUCGCGGCAUGGAUUCGUGGAGAAGGCGCUGGCGCACCCGAGCGCGCCCAAGCGCUUGGCGUCGGAACUCCUGGGCUCCGCAGCCGAGCUCAGCGAGGGCCGCCGCCAGAACAUUGCUGCCGUGGUUCGCUCCAUGUAUGACCUGGGACUAUCCGGCGCAGCCUCUUCGCUUUUGGAUGAGUGCGAGGCGUUGGGCAACGUCUGCGUGGGAACAGAGGCCUGGGCCGCCUGGCUCUGUGGUGCCGCGGGCGCCGGUGAUGCGGAGCUCGAGGUGAAAGCUUGGGCAGGCUUGGCAGAUAACUGCGACGGUGUGCCGCGAAGUACGGUCGUGCUCAAUGCUGCAGCCGCCAGGGGUCUUUCCCUGUCUCGGCCGGAUCUUAGCAGAUGGGCGCUGAACCUGCUGGUGGAAGAGGCAGAGUGCGACUCCGUGACCAACUUCCUUCGCAGCCGGGUUGGGCUCCGCCCCGAGCCGGAAAGCCGCGACUGGUCCCGCGGAGAGUGCGGCUUCGAGCUGUCCCUAGUUCGAAGGCUAUGCGCGCAGUCCGGGUUCUCUGCUCCGCAGCUUCUGCGACUCGCCGAGGAGGAGGCUGCACAGUCCUCGGAGGCAGCAGAGGCGCUGGGCAUCGGAGUCGGCAUCCGUCGGACGCUGAGAGAGACCUAA